AUGGGCACGACAUUCUCGGCCGUCAAGACGCUCAUAGUCCCGGCCGUCAUCUCCCUGAUCAUAUUCCUCAUCUGCACAUACGUCCUGGUGCCGCUCUGGCGCCAGUACCGACAGCGCUACAGCCAGUACCUGCCGCUCGACACCAUCUCGGACCGCACCUCGUCGCUCCGAGCCCGGGUCCAGGGCGCGAUCGCCAACCUGAUCAUCCCGUCGCGCUUCCGCAUGGGCGUGCGCGAGCGCCUCGUGUCGGCCGAAGACUCGGAUGCGGGCUUUGACUCGGACGAUGGCGAGGAGCUGGACGUGGUCGACGACGACCGCAGGCAUGCGCUGAGCCUGGACACCAGCGGCCGGCGCGAACAGACCGACAGCAUACGGAGGUUGAGCCGGGAUCUCGAGGAGGGCUUCAUGGAUGACAGCGAUGAGGAAGGGGAUAAUCGGCCAAGGAGAUAG